CUUGCUCUUCUCUUCUCAACACAAACCUAACCCAGAGAACACACUGUUCAGAGAUCAAACAAAUCAUGUACUACCCCCUCAGUUCUUGUUUGAUCAUCUUCUUCGUCUUCUCUUCAUUCUACUAUCUUCCUUGUACUUCAAGUAAACAAGGACUUGGGUGGUGUGAGUCUCUGUUUCAGUGUGGGAACAUAACCGCUGGGUUCCCCUUCCGGGGCGGAAAUCGCCCCAGACCUUGCGGUCAUCCUUUGCUGGAGCUUCACUGCCUCAAAAACAUCACCUCUCUAAAUAUAUCAAACCACGAGUACAACGUUUUCCAUAUAGAUCAAACAUCUAAUACUCUGAGACUUGCCAGGAAAGACCUUUCAGGUUCUUUUUGCUCCGCCACAUUCAAUACCACAACUUUGCCUCUCGAAAUCUUUGAGCUUUCGCCAACUUACAAGAGCCUCACCGUUUUAUACAACUGUGAUCCUAAGAUUCCUUACCUCUCAAGUCAUACAUGUCCUGCUUUAGGGCGUUUCUCACUGACUCAAAGCCACGACUACCGGAAUUCAUGCCAAAGCAAUUUCACAGUUAAUGUUCCAGCGAGUUUCGUUCCAAACGAGAGAGAGCUAAAUUUGACCCAUUUGGAAAGUGCUCUAAGACAAGGGUUUGAGGUGAAGCUAGUGAUCGAUGAGAUACCAUGUCAAGAAUGUUCAUCUACUCGUGGAACCUGUGGUUUCGACAGUACUACACAGAUUUGCUGCAACGUAGCAUCACCAUCGGGAGGAGUUAGUUGCUUACCACAUCAUCAACCUAGUGCUUAUGAGCUUUACCGACGCUGCAGCGAACGUUUUAGCUGCGGCAAUCAGAAAGAUCUCUCUUACCCCCUCUGGAUACCUGGGAGAGAAGACUGUGGCCACCCCGACUUCGAGCUCGACUGUAACGGAGGAUAUGCAGAGCUAAAAAUUGCAUCAGUGAGGUUUAGAAUCAUAUACAUGACCAGUUCCACUGCUACUAUAUAUCUCGCACGAUCAGAUUAUAUCGGCGAUCUUUGUCCCCCAAACCCAAUUAAUGCACCAUUCGUUGAAACCGUCCUUCCAUUUACUGAUGGCACAGAGCUGCUAACAUUAUAUUACGACUGCAAUUUCUAUUCAUCUGCUAUUUCUGCUACUCGUUAUGUUGGAGAGCUUGGCUGUGAUGGCGGAAAACCAAGUUACUAUGUGACCAGAAGCCUCUCAUCUCCUUUACUCAACGACAUUAAAGGUCUUUUAAACAACUUUAGGGAAGUGUGCAAAAGAAAUGUCAGUAUUCCUGCAUCUGGAUUGGCAUUACAGACACUGCAGAGAACUCCGACUCAAGAUAAUCUAAAGAAGGCUCUUGAAGAGGGUUUCCAGCUUGAGGUCACAACAAAUUGUCUCAGCUGCCAUAUAUCUGGUGGUGCUUGUGGAUAUAAUCAGACCUCAAGAACGUUCGCCUGCUAUUGUAAAGAUAGGCCGUAUGACUAUUCCUAUUCCCAUUCAUGCCAUUCGAGAGAUGAGGAAUCAGAGUUUAGGAAAACACUAAUAGCGAUUAUAAGCAUCUACACUCUCGUAGCUCUGCUUUCACUAGCAGGUGUUAUUGCUUUCCUAUUGCUAUUAUGCCCUUGUUUUCGAGUCCGGAUUUUCCGGAAGAGAAAAGCAUCAGAUAAUAGGAGACAAAAGAAGCUGAAAGCCCUUAUUCCACUCAAACACUAUACCUAUGCUCAAGUGAAGAAAAUUACAAAGUCAUUCGAGGAAGUCAUUGGGAAAGGUGGAUUUGGAAUUGUUUAUAGAGGAACUCUUUGUGAUGGCCGUAUGGUUGCUGUCAAGGUCUUGAAAGAUUCAAAGGACGAUAACGGUGAAGACUUCAUCAAUGAAGUUUCAAGCAUGAGCCAAACAUCUCACAUCAAUAUUGUUUCCCUGCUUGGAUUCUGCUCUGAAGGCUCAAAAAGAGCAAUUAUAUAUGAGUUUUUGCAGAACGGGUCGCUCGAUAAGUUCAUCUCAGACAAGACUUCAUUGCAUUUGGACCUGACGACAGUCUAUCGGAUUGCAUUAGGAGUUGCUCGUGGUCUCGAGUACUUGCACUAUGGCUGCAAAACAAGGAUUGUACAUUUUGACAUAAAACCACAAAACGUGCUGUUGGAUGACAAUCUUUGCCCAAAAGUUUCUGAUUUCGGACUUGCUAAACUCUGUGAGAAGAAUGAGAGCAUCAUGUCGCUGCUAGACAUGAGAGGUACAGUAGGGUACAUUUCACCGGAGAUGAUCUCCCGAGUGUAUGGGAGCGUUUCUCACAAGUCAGAUGUGUAUAGCUAUGGAAUGCUAGUCCUCGAGAUGAUAGGUGCAAGGAAGAAAGAAAGAGUUGAUCAAAACUGUGCAUCAAAUGCAAGCUCAAUGUACUUUCCAGAAUGGAUAUAUAAGGAUCUUGAGAAGGGAGACAGUGAAAGUGAAAGGCUUGUCGAGGAGGGAAUCAGCAGCGAAGUAGAGGACAUAUUAAAGAAGAUGACAUUGGUGGGUCUAUGGUGUAUUCAGUCUUCGCCAUCAAACCGCCCACCGAUGAACAGAGUAGUAGAGAUGAUGGAAGGAAGUCUUGAAGCUCUUGAAGUGCCUCCAAGGCCUGUCUUGCAGCAAAUUCCUGCUGCACCGCUUUCCGAAUCUUUUUGGAUUUCUGAGGAGAUUUCAGUCGCUUCUGAGGAAUUAAUAUGCUCUGUGCAAAGAAACUUGCCGUGAAAGUGAUACUCUAGAGGAGAGAAUGUAAACCGUUAUGUAUGUAAUAUAAUGUUGUUUGCAUUACAAUUAGAACACAUGUAUUAAAAAGUUGCGUAUAAUUUGGUGACAGUGAUAUAAAAAAACUAGGUAUGUUUUUAAUA